GAAAUUCAUUCACAAGUUACCCGCGGUGCUGAUCAGAGGUCGACAUUCUACGCAUAGAUUAUUCCUAGGAGAAGAUUUGUGAAACUGUUGUGGUGGCAAUCUGUUAUCGAGUGCCAGUCUUCAGCUAGUGCUUGCCGAGACUUAGUGUCUACGAAGAUUAUCGUGCAAUUACACUUUUAGGUGUAGAACCAUUAUUUGAGAUAGGACAAUAGACAACAAUACGGAAUAGCUGAAAUAAGCCAAGUGUAUAGAAAACUUAACUAAAAUGGUUCGUGUAAUACAAUUGUGCAGUAUUGCCUUGUUUGCUCUUUUACUGCUAAGUAGCAGUCAGGUGUCGGAACAGGCAGCUACGUUUAUACAGCCGUUGGUUCGACUUACACGCGCAGUGGACGCUGAACAAGAGGAAAAGUGUACGGACAAUACUGCUUGCGGAUGGGCAGUAUAUAAACCAUUCACUCGAUCUAUUGAAAACUACAUGAGAAACACGUGUUCCUGCCCAGAACCAACAAAAUGCAUUCGUACCGAUGAUGAUCUGUCCAUUAGUGCGUUUGUGUAUCGAUGCCGGAAAACGGAUAGCGAAACCACAUCCUAAUUCAGAAUGACUGGCGGUUCUUCGUCUGAAAUCUAGUUUUAUCAUGACACAUUAGCUAUUCGCUACCCAGUAACCAGAUCUUUAUUUAAAUUUUCCUCCUCAAUUAUUUAAUUUAUAUCUUAUUGACAUCUUACUUUCUCUAUUUUCCAUCAUCCAGCAAUUAUUUAAAAUCAGUUGACUUUAAUUUCAUACAUGAUAGUUCUAUCAAUCUGUAGAUUUAUACUUUCUGAAAGACAUGUUUGAUUUUCAUGUCCCAAAUAAAAAAACGAGCAUCAGCUUGGAAAGAGAACAACAGAUAAUCUAUUAUAUAUAAGUAAGAUGCGUCAUACAGUUCCUUUAUUAUGUGGAUUAGCACUCAAUGUUAAUUAGCAUUUUUACAACAUACUCACAAAAGGUCCAAAUAGGACAUUAAAAUUUCUUUUAAAAAGAGGUAAUUUGGCAACAUAGUCAAAACACAAUCGCAGAGAACAAAAAAACAUUUGCCUUCCGUGGCACAAAAAAGACAGGAACGUAGCGUUUACAAGUCACCGUGGCGUAUCCCAUCGAUUAAUCUUUUUAUUCUUAUCUAAUAAUUAGAUCCAAUUCGAACUGAUAUCAUCUGGCGACUGUUUUGAAUGAUACUUAAGAACUAUGCUACAACACAGUCUAAGACUAUUUUCAUCGGGUUAGUACAAACAAUGACUAGUUUUCACAAAUAAACCAUUAGGUUUCCACUCUGACAAAUUGGAAGCAACGACGUUUCAGAACAUGAACGCCUGAACCAGUGAAUGCUGGAAUGGGCGGUAAGAAUAAAACCGAUAUUAUAAUGUUAGAAACGUACUUAAAAUUGGAUCCAUGAGCUUUUAUCGUUGCCUUUCACACAUCACCUAAAGUGCGCCAAUUAACAUUGAUGCUAAUGAAAAUUUCCCGGGUAAUGUUAUUUCUGGUGUAGAGCAGUAUUCAACGCAAACAUUUUUUUUUCUUCAUUCAGAAUAUCGAACAUUGCAAAAUUGUAACACAGCCACACUCCCACCCCAAUAGCCGUAUGAUAUAUCACUUACCGAACCGAGAACAAACACUCACGAAACAAAAAUCAGUAUUUAAUACGAAGGCAAGGAAUAAAACGCACAACAUGCUACUAAAGUAAAGAGAAAUAGUUUUGAUGAAAACGUAAGGCCUAGGAAUAAGUUUGAUAUCUGUAUGGAAUUACAAUAUCGAUUUUUUUUAUUAAGGUGAAUAAAUUUUAAAAUAUAAACGAA